UAUGGUCGUCUUUUUUGGGGAAAGUGCUAGGAAUAAUCUGGGUUCUGAUGAAAGAGAUCCUGUCUAGAGGAGUGGGCAGGGAAGUCUUGAGGAGACAGAGGGGAAAAAGAGAGGCCUUGCCGGAUGACUGCUGGGGUGGAGACACCCCAGUAUCCUUGAAAGAAUCUGGACUCUGGUGGCAGUGGCUGCUGCUGCCACCAGGGGAGGGACCAGAGUCAAGUCACAUCCGGCUGCACGGGACUUCUAAGAUGGAAGCGAGCCGGGGAGCAGCAUUGCUCACCCUUGUCGUGUGGGUGCUCUGCACGCCGGCACUGAGCACAGAAGGCAAACGGAAGCUCCAGAUUGGAGUCAAAAAACGGGUGGACAAUUGCCCCAUCAAGUCUCGUAAGGGAGAUGUGCUCCAUAUGCAUUAUACAGGAAAGCUGGAAGACGGGACCGAAUUUGACAGCAGCCUGACCCGCGAUCAGCCGUUUGUCUUCUCCUUGGGGACCGGACAAGUCAUUAAAGGCUGGGACCAAGGACUGCUUGGGAUGUGCGAGGGUGAGAAGAGGAAACUGGUGAUUCCCUCUGAGCUGGGUUAUGGAGAUCGGGGAGCACCGCCCAAAAUCCCAGGUGGCGCAACGUUAAUCUUUGAAGUUGAGCUGCUGAAGAUUGAGCGACGACAGGAACUGUAGCGAUGUCUUUUUGGGGAAGGGGGCAUGGGGGCGGGGAGGGAGUGAGGGAGGAGAUCUACAGAAGUGGCUGUGGAUAUGAUGACAUUGUUGGGUCAAA